ACUAACCACAAUGUUUGUGCCUCAACCUAUGCUUUUUUCUGUGUGCGAAAAAUCCUCCAUACUUUCGAGAGUCGGUUUACAGCCUUAAGAAUCAGUUGUAGAAAACACUAAUUGACUUAUCACAGGCGUUGGUCCAGAGGUCCAAACAUAUAUUCUAGCUAUCGACAUGCCCUUUUUCCACCAACAUGUAGACAAACUAUGCUUUGGGGAGAACGAAACCGACUCAUGCGAUCAAUUUCUGGUAGCCGAGAUGUCGUAAACAGGAACGUGGCUGCUGCAUAUAACGAAACAUAAAACCUACACACGAAGCUUGCAUGACCUUUACGCUCUAACGACCUAAUGGCAGAGUUCGAUGACCUUCCCCCAGAAGUACUCUACAAUAUUGUAGCUCGAAUAGCCACACAGUAUAUUGACCACUAUGUCAUCUCACCACCUCCUCUACGGGUGAAGUCUGUUUACCAGUACGACCAGUGGGGCCCGGAUAUUCCUUAUGACGAGCCUAACUUGCUUGUACCUCUGCUGUUGGUAUCGCAUCAGAUGAUGGACGUGACGUGGAUGGUCAUCUGCGACGCACUUGAUCGGAGAAGACCGUAUGGUAUCUCACCCUACAUCAAUCCAUGGAGACGUCUUCAGUACCUCCGUAACCUGUAUCAGUACGCACGACAGGGCAGGGAGGAAGACAUGCAAACAUACGAAAUCUUAAUCGGCAUUCCUGACAUUCCUUACAUUGCCAAUCACGGUUCAUCAAUAGUUACAUCUACUUGGCUCAACAGGAACUUUGGUUCCAUAAAAAUGGCGUCGUCGUCGUGGAACAUGUUCCUGAGGACAACAAUCCGCAUCUAUUCGGUACCUUGCAAACGAUGUCUGAUCAUUUCUUACAAAAUUGUGCAUCGCGCCAUGCGGUGCUGUGCAAGAGUCGAGGAGCUCGUGAAGCCGCGUUCGCCUCUUCGUCUUCGUUCCGCGACUAAAAGACAAUAUGAGGAGGCUAAGAAGGAGAUGAUGAUUAAUUUCGCUACUAUCAGUGCAUGCUUCCCUAUGAAAAAGGGCGUCCUUUGGGGCCCCGAGCCAUCCAACCUUCAAGCAGAUGUUCUUCAUAUUGUCAUUCAAAAGGUGAUGUCAAAUCAAACACUCAUGAAAGAGGUCAAGUUGCGCGAUCCAUCGGACCAUUCCCGUAUGAGGGAUCUCUUGGAAAUCCUCUUGGAGAACGGCCUUCCGGUGAUGAGAGAAGUUAGAGAGUACAUGACUGCGCAAUUAAUGAAGACCGCUCCUGAGGCUCGUGAAUUCCUCAAGAAUUUGGAGUGAAUUAUCACUAUUGCGAGUCUAUACAUCUUUGAGUAGGGUAUGUUCGUGGACCACUGGGUAGUAACCAUGGCAUUUAGAUAGAGAAAGUUGCUGUUCGGUCAUGCUCACGUUUGGCCUUGAUAUGGAUCGUUUGUAUCAUUGCUCUCAUUUCUCUCGUCUUACUGUUCCCUCACUGGAUCAACAAUACACGUUAGACUCACCU